UGGAGCCACCUCCAAACCUGCUUCUCUUCUGCAUCUUCACCUUCGCCAUGGUCCUGGUCCCAGAAGCCAAGGACCAAAGCAGGGGAGCGCGGGGAAGGAGACGGGGGCCGGGACGGUCCCUCGCCCUGGCCUGGGCCCCCGAUGACCCCUACACCACCAUGGAGGACUACGAGCAGAGCAUCCAGGACAUGGUGCGCCAGCUGAAGAACAGCUCCGAGCCAGGCGACACCAAGUGCCAGGUCAACCUGCGGCUCUGGAGGUCCAACCGGAGGAGCUUGUCGCCCUGGGCCUACAGCAUAAACCACGAUGCCACGCGGAUCCCAGCGGACAUCCCCGAGGCCCGAUGCCUCUGCACCGGCUGCAUCAACCCCUUCACCAUGCAGGAGGACCGCACCAUGGCCAGCAUUCCCAUCUACAGCCGGCUGCCCGUGCGCCGGCUGCUCUGCCAGGGGUCGGGAGACACGGGACAGAAGCGGUCCACGAAGAAGAAGUGUCCGAAGAAGUAUCAGACAGUCAUGGAGACCAUUGCCGUGGGCUGCACCUGCAUCUUCUGA